CAAAAAAAAAAAAAAUUAUUAUUAUUAUUUUGGUUUGGCCAACUAUAUAUAGAGGAGCAGAACGGGCUCUUCAAUAUUUUUGUUGUGUGAUUCAUCCACCUACCUCUUUUUGUAAACUAAAACACACCCUCCUCUGCUUCUAUUAUCUAACGGUGGUGAAAUGGCUCGCAAGAAGAUCAGAGAGUAUGAUUCCAAGAGAUUGUUGAAGGAACACUUCAAGAGGAUCUCUGGCUACGAAUUGCCUAUCAAAUCGGCUCAGAUUACGGAAUCAACUGAUUUGAAUGAGCUAGCGGAAAAGGAGCCAUGGCUUUCUUCUUCCAAACUGGUUGUGAAACCAGACAUGUUGUUUGGAAAGCGUGGGAAGAGUGGUUUGGUUGCAUUGAACCUUGACUUCGCUCAAGUUGCUAUUUUCGUCAAGGAGCGCCUCGGCAAGGAGGUAGAGAUGAGUGGUUGCAAAGGACCGAUAACAACAUUUAUUGUCGAACCCUUCAUCCCCCACAAUGAAGAGUUUUACCUCAAUAUUGUCUCAGACAGACUUGGUAACAGCAUCAGCUUUUCUGAAUGUGGAGGAAUUGAAAUUGAGGAGAACUGGGAUAAGGUUAAGACUAUUUUUGUCCCAACAGGAGCUUCUCUUACAUCAGAAGUAUGUGCUCCUUUGGUGGCAACCCUUCCUUUAGAGAUCAAAGCAGUAAUUGAGGAGUACAUAAGAGUUGUUUUUGCCCUAUUUCAAGAUCUGGACUUCACUUUCUUGGAGAUGAAUCCUUUCGCAUUGGUUGAUGGAAAGCCAUAUCCUUUGGAUAUGAGAGGCGAACUUGAUGACACUGCUGCUUUCAAGAACUUCAAGAAGUGGGGCAACAUUGAAUUUCCAUUGCCAUUUGGAAGAGUCAUGAGUUCUACAGAAAGCUUUAUCCAUGGAUUAGAUGAAAAGACAAGUGCUUCAUUGAAAUUCACAGUUCUGAAUCCAAAGGGAAGAAUCUGGACUAUGGUUGCUGGAGGAGGUGCAAGUGUAAUCUACGCAGACACGGUUGGAGAUCUUGGCUUUGCUAACGAGCUUGGAAACUAUGCUGAAUAUAGUGGAGCGCCCAAUGAAGAAGAGGUAUUGCAGUAUGCUAGAGUUGUAAUCGAUUGUGCAACUGCUGACCCUGAUGGCCGUAAAAGAGCUCUUGUCAUUGGAGGGGGUAUUGCUAACUUUACCGAUGUAGCUGCUACAUUCAAUGGCAUAAUCCGGGCCUUGAAAGAGAAGGAAUCGAAACUUAAAGCAGCAAGGAUGAGUAUUUAUGUGAGAAGAGGAGGUCCGAACUACCAGAGAGGACUUGCAAAGAUGCGGACACUUGGAGAGGAAAUCGGCAUUCCUAUUGAGGUUUAUGGACCCGAAGCAACAAUGACAGGAAUAUGCAAACAGGCAAUUCAGUGCAUCUCUGCUGCUGCUUAAAACUCUACAAAUUCUUGAGUUUAGCUUCUUUUUAUUUUCCAUUUUCUUGUUGUUUCCUUUACUUUAGGUAAGCUUAAUGAAGUCCCUGUUAAAAUCAUUGUACUAAAAUGCAGUAUUACAUGUUUUGGGGACACCCAAUGGUGAUGUAUCUUAUAAGCUGAUGACUCUAAUAAAUCAUGACAAUAAAUAGUUCCAAUUGGUGUUCAA